UAGAGCGUCCUUCGGCGCCGAUACGUUGGCCAUGGCCCAGGGUAGUAGAGGUUGAGGGCGGUCCACGGCUAAGCUCGGGGAGCCGCCAUGGGUGCCGCGUUGGUGGAAAAAUUCUGGUUGCGGGAGUGAUCAGGGAGUAUGCACCUUCAGUUACCAGGAGAGCGCGAGGAGCCGAAACCGAAGAGGAGGAAGAAGAACAGCCGCGCGAUGGAGGCGCGGAAGGACGCGGGGGAGACGGGUUUAGGUGGUGCCGAAGGACGCGGAGGUCGUUGUAGAGAGAGAGAGAGAGAGAGAGAGAAUCUCGCGGGAGUGUUUGGGUGAAUUGGGUUCGGGAGGUGCGGAUUUGCGGCCGCUGCGAAUAUUGAAGAAGCAGUGGAAGGAGAGGUGGAGUUCUACCUGUGAUGCGCGUGCGGCGGCGCGGGUUCCUCGGGGGAGGGGUUCCAAUUUGGGGUCGGCGCGAAGAGGGGCGGGAGCCUGGUUAGUUGGGCGGUGGACCGUGGCGUAGAGGCGGAGGCGGGCGCGCGUCGGCCGGAUGGACGCGGGAGGGCUCGGGUUCCUCGUCGCGGGCUCCCGGCGCGAGUUCGUCGUCCUCAACAUCGACGAUUUCGCCAAGCAAGAGUCUUCCCAAUGCUGUCCAGAUUAUAUUUGUCAGAUAUGUGGGGAUGAUAUUGAUAUACUACAAGAAGAAAAUGAGUUUUUCGUCGCAUGCAACGAGUGUGCUUUCCCUGUUUGCCGCACUUGUUAUGAGUAUGAGCGUCAGGAGGGCACGCAAGCAUGCCCUCGAUGCAAGACCCGGUACAAGCGCCACAAAGGCAGCCCUCGAGUCCAUGGGGAUGAGGAAGAAGAAGGUUCUGAUGACAUUGAGAGUGAGUUUGCUUUCAGUAGUGCAGCUGGAAGAUCGAAUAUAGUGCACCCGUACCGUGUCUCUGUUGCAGAAAGCUCCAUGAACUCAUGGGACAUCGACAGUGUCAGUAUUACAAAUAGUGGAGCAAGUAUCCAUUUCUAUGAAGAGCAUGUAGGAACUCCAACCAAUCAUCAUGCUCUUGUUGUGCACCCUAACACUGGAGAAAUCAUGCGAUAUGAUCCUUCACAAGCAAGACCAAUAAAUCCCAAUAGAGACCUAGCAUUGUAUGGCUAUGGAUCUGUUGCCUGGAAGAACAGAGUUGAGUGGAAAAGAAAGCAUCAACAGAAAAUGCAAAAAGUUUCAUCUGAUGGUGAAGGAUCUGACCAAAAUGAUUUUGACAGUGAUUGCGAUAUUCCCAGGUGCGCUGAAACCAAGCAACAACUCUCAAGGAAGUUACCUAUUCCUUCUAGCAAAAUAAACCCUUACAGGAUUGUAAUCAUUCUGCGGCUGGCCAUUCUUGCCUUAUUUUUCCACUAUCGGUUUCUGAAUCCUGUUCAGGAUGCUUAUUGGUUAUGGUUGACUUCAGUUAUUUGUGAAAUUUGGUUUGCUUUUUCUUGGAUUUUGGACCAAUUUCCCAAGUGGUACCCAAUAAAGAGAGAAACAUACUUGGAUCGAUUAUCACUAAGGUACGAGAAGGAAGGAAAACCAUCAGAACUGGCUCCAAUUGAUAUAUUUGUCAGUACAGUUGAUCCAAUGAAGGAGCCUCCUUUAAUUACUGCAAACACUGUUUUGUCCAUACUGGCGGUGGACUAUCCUGUUGAUAAAGUUUCUUGCUAUGUGUCGGAUGAUGGUGCUGCAAUGCUUACUUUCGAAGCACUUACAGAAACAUGUCUAUUUGCACGAAAGUGGGUCCCCUUCUGUAAGAAGUACAAAAUCGAGCCUCGGGCUCCUGAAUGGUAUUUUUCUCAGAAAAUUGACUAUCUAAGAGAAAAAGUUCCUCCAGAGUUUGUCCGAGAACGUCGGGCAAUGAAGAGAGAAUAUGAAGAAUUUAAGGUUCGUAUAAACGCAGUAGUUGCUAAUUCACAUAAAGUUCCCGAGGGAGGAUGGUCCCUUCCAGAAGGAGCUCCAUGGCAUGGAAAUAAUGUUCGAGACCAUGCCGGAAUGGUCCAGGUCAUCACCGACCAUGAUUGUGUUAUCGAUGAUGCUGGAAAUAGGUUGCCUUGGUUGGUCUAUGUUUCACGAGAGAAAAGACCAGGAUAUGACCACCAUAAAAAAGCCGGUGCCUUGAAUGCAUUGCUGCGAACAUCAGCAAUUCUCUCAAAUGCACCUUUUAUCCUGAAUGUGGAUUGCGACCACUACAUGAACAAUAGCAAAGCUCUAAGGGAGGCAAUGUGCUUUCUGAUGGACCCAAGUUUGGGAGAGAGCAUUUGUUAUGUUCAAUUUCCACAGAGAUUUGAUGGGAUCGAUCAACAUGAUAGAUAUUCAAACCACAAUGUUGUGUUUUUUGAUAUUAACAUGAAAGGUCUUGAUGGGAUCCAAGGACCAAUAUAUGUCGGUACUGGUUGUGUUUUCAGAAGACAUGCUCUGUAUGGAUAUGAUGCCCCAACUGUGACAAAACCUCCUAGCAAGACAUGCAACUGCUGGCCUAAGUCAUGCUGCUUCUGUUGUGGAUCGAAAAGAAAUUUUUUGAAAGCUAAGAAAAGGCAAGAAACCCAAAAGAAAGUGAAAUGCAGGGAUGCAUCUAAGCAAAUACAUGCUUUGGAAGUGGCAGGCAGAGAAACUGCACAUCUGCUGCCCCAAGAAAAGUUUGAGAAGAGAUUUGGGCAGUCACAUGCAUUUCUGGCUUCAACAUUACAAGAGAAUGGUGAAAGUUGUUGUUUUGACAUGCUCAAAAGUCUUGAUGAUUGCAUCCAUGUGCUAAGUUGCGGGUAUGAGAAUAAGACACAAUGGGGGAAAGAGGUUGGUUGGAUUUAUGGAUCUGUCACUGAGGAUAUCCUCACAGGCUUCAAGAUGCACUGCCAUGGAUGGCGAUCUGUUUACUGCAUGCCCAAGAGGGCAGCAUUCAAGGGAUCUGCUCCUAUCAAUCUUACAGACCGUCUUCAUCAAGUUCUAAGAUGGGCACUUGGCUCCGUGGAGAUCUUUCUUAGCAAGCACUGCCCUAUAUGGUAUGGGUAUCAAUGUGGUCUGAAACCAUUGGAGAGAUUGUCAUACAUCAACUCUGUCAUCUACCCAUGGACUUCUAUUCCGUUGCUAGUUUAUUGUGCUUUGCCAGCAUUUUGCCUCUUAUCAGGGAAGUUUAUUGUGCCUGAGAUGAAUAUCUAUGCGAGCAUAUUGUUCAUAGCUCUAUUUGUCUCCAUAGCUGCUACCAGCAUCCUUGAGAUGCAAUGGGGAGGAGUUGGCAUCGAUGAUUGGUGGAGAAAUGAACAGUUUUGGGUUAUCGGCGGUGUCUCGUCACAUCUCUUUGCGCUGUUCCAAGGGCUUCUUAAGGUUCUUGGUGGUGUGAACACCAAGUUCACCGUCACCCUGAAGAGAGGUGACGACAAAGGGUUCUCAGAGCUGUAUUUGUUCAAGUGGACCUCACUACUGAUCCCUCCAACGACAUUGCUUAUAAUCAACGUCAUUGGAGUCUUGGCUGGUGUAUCCGAUGCAAUCACGGCCGGCUACGAAUCCUGGGGUCCUCUGCUCGGCAAGCUGUUCUUCUCCUUCUGGGUUAUCCUCCAUCUCUACCCGUUCGUCAAGGGGGUGAUGUGCAAGCAGGACAGAGUGCCGACCAUUGUUGUUGUAUUGUCAGUGCUACUCACGGCCAUAUUCUCUCUUUUGUGGGUCCGUGUAAAUCCGUUCGCUGCCAAGUUUGAUGGCCCUGUUCUAGAGGUUUGUGGUUUGGAAUGUGAGUGAGAACAUAGGAGAAGAUGCAUUUUAGUUCAGGGUUUCUUCGGCAGUGUUAGAGCAGUGGAAGCGUUUCAUUAUUCCCUUAAAUGUUAUUCUUUUGCCUAUUCAUUGGAGAUUGCUGAUUACCAUAGGUUUGAGUGAAGUAACCUUUUAGGAAGAUAUAUGUUUAUAAAAAGAGGACACGACAAAAGAGAAGGUAGUACUGUUGUUGUAGAUACUGACAGACACAAUAGACUGACAUUUGGUUUA